AUGACGAUUGAGGCGUUACUGGACGAGCUUCUGUGUCACAUCCUUUCCUUCCUUUCGACCAAGGAAGCCAUUGCUACAUCACUGUUGUCUAAAAGAUGGAGAUUUUUAUGGACCAUGGUUCCAUCUCUUCACAUUGGGUGUGCCAAACCAAUCAUGGAACACUACAAGAGUCUCAAGUUGAAGGCUGUGCGUAACUAUCGAUAUCUCCGACUCUACCAUCAAAAUUGGCUUUAUGACGAAGUCAUGCAUUAUGAUUAUGAUUUUAUGUCAGACUCAAUGCAGAAUUGUGGUUGGUUAAAACCUGAGAAAGCCAAGGUUUAUGUGACAGUGCAUAACUAUAUGAUGCAGGCUGUUUCCUACCUUCUCAAAAGAAUACAUUCUGUUGAAUUUCUCUCUUUGAAAUAUUCUAGGGAUGUUAAUCCUUCUACUUUUGAUCUUCCAUUAUUUGAGAAUUUGGUUGAGUUACAACUUUUUGUCACAAAAGAUGAUCCCUUUAUUAUGGAAUUACCUGCCAAGUGUCCUAAGCUUCAAGUUCUUGAAAUUAAUAUCUUGGAUGAUGGUCAGAGAUGUCGCUAUAAUAUUAGUGAAGGAGUAAGGGUGCACGACCUAUCAAUUGUUCCUAUUUCACCUGUUAUAUGGCUAAAUAAUUGGUUAAGAGACCAAGCUAUUGUUUUCUUAGAGCAAUAA